AUUUUGUAAUUUGUGGAAAAGACAACCAGAAACCUGUGGCCGAAAACUUUCGAGUCCAAGUACAAACAUUCUAAGUAUUUUAUAUUUUAUGAUUUCGUAAAUCUUGUUUAUUUUCGCAAUGGACGAUAUUUGUCGUCUUUGUUGCUCCACCAAAUUUGUAAACAACUACAUAUUUGACGAAGAAAAGGCGUUGUUUUCAAAAAUGUCCAUGUAUUUGCCAAUAAAGGUGGUCAAAAAUGAUCCUUUACCGAAGAAAAUUUGUGACAAAUGUAGCUGCAAAGUCAAUGAUUUCUAUCAGUUUUGUAAUGAAACAAUUGAAGUCGAAAACAGACUCAGGAAAAUGCUAUCCCUGCAGUUAGCAAUAACUGUACCAAAUCCUGUACGAAAUACACUAGGGAUUAAAACUACUGAUUAUCUAAAGCAUGAACAAAGUACUCAGACAGAAGAAGAAUUUCAGAUAAAAGUUAAAAUUGAACCACUGCAGUCACCGAUUGUUAUAAAACAGGAAUCGGAUUCAAAUGAUGACAGUUUUGAUCACAACGGCUCAGACAGUGAUGAUAAUCUCCUUAUAGAGAUUAAGAAUAAUAAAAAUCCGAAAGAAGAAAAUGAAAGAAAUGGCCAUGUACAAUCUGCACAAAAGAAAAACCAUUCUAUGUUGCACGCAGAAUUCUUUGAUAUGAAUUUGAAGGACAGCAUUAAUUUAGAAAUAGUUAAAGAUGAAUCUGAUGACGGAUUUGAUAAUGUGGAUUUUGAUAAGGAAGUUUAUUACUGUUGUAUCUGUUUUGUUAAGUGUGAGACAAAAAGUGAUAUGAUUCAACAUUACAAGAGUCAUGUUGAUCAGACGCAAGAUAUGAAGCCUCCACCAGCUCCACCAUUCCCAGCUGAAGGUAGAUGUGAAAGAUGUCGGAAAGUGGUGCGAAAUCAGAAAGCAUGGCGCACACACUGGCAGCGUCAUUGGAAACGAGACCGACGACCUUACAGAUGUACACUCUGCGAGAAGUCUUUUCAGGGUCAUCAGCAAAUAUUGAAACACGGUCUAAUACACAAACCAGAAUUUGAAAAUCCAAACCAACAACCCAGCAAGCCCGUUAAGAGAUUUGUAUGUGACCUCUGCCCCGAAGGAUUCGUUUAUAUGAGAUGUCUCCUAGCGCAUCGCAAUAGCACUCACCCCGAGGCCUCGUCCCGCGAGCUGGCUCUGCGCUGUGCGCUCUGUAGUCGCUCGUUUACGCAUCUCAACUCAUUGAGGAGACAUUUGAGAUCGCACACGGGCGAUCGGAAUUACCUGUGCAACGUGUGCGGGAAGUCGCUGACGUCUAGGGAACACCUGAAGUUUCAUAUACGGAUUCAUACGGGAUACAAACCCAAUGUUUGCAAAACUUGUGGCAAAGGCUUUGUAAAGAAAUGCAACCUGACGUUACACGAGAGGGUGCACUCCGGUGAAAAACCCUACGUCUGCUCGCACUGUGGAAAAGCGUUUUCACAGCGAUCCACGCUCGUCAUACACGAAAGGUACCACAGCGGCGCUCGACCAUACAAGUGUGGCGUUUGUGGGCGGGGCUUUGUCGCCAAGGGCCUGCUGUCGAUGCACUUGAAGACUUCGUGUGUAGACCUCCCAGCGCCAACCGGAAGAGAAAUGCAUUCACCUAAAGUCGAAAGGGUUGAUCCUAGGUUGUUGGAGCAUUAAAAUGCUAAAAUAGUUUAUUACAUAAGUGUUAUUUUUUAAUUUAAGUUUUAAAGUUCCUUGUAUAUGUAUAGAAAUAAUACGAAAAGAAAUUCCAUCAAUUCUCUUGUAAUACAUUUUGAUUGAAUUUUUUUUAAUUAAGCGACAUCUGUUGGCCUAUAUCAGAUAUCAAAGUGUUUUAAACGGUUGUCGAAUCGUGUUUAUGUUACCGUUAGUCUCAGCCGUUUUAUCUCUUAUAUAUCAAUGAUAUUUAAGAUAUAUUUUUUUAUUGUCUUCGUGCAUAAAAUAUAUCGACAGGUAAGUUGGCAAAAUUUUCCGAUCGAAAUUUCGCACUUUGAGGGUAGUGUACAAUAAUUUUAAUAGGUUUUUGGAGAAUGUGUAUUUAGCGAAAUCAUUGUUACCGUUUUUGCUUAUUGCAAAUACGGUAUAUAUAAUUCACUCCACAUAUCAACAUUUAGAAAACCUAUGGAAACGCGCUUUCUCUAAAAUUAUGAUUAGAUUUUUACGCUUCAACUAAUACUGAAACUUUUUAUAAAAAAAAUAUAAUUACAAUUCAUACGAUCUGCUCUGUAUAGUCUCAGUAUAUAUUUGUUAAUUAAUAAUUUUUGACAAGAGAAAAAUCAGGCUUUCAGAGUGGAGAGCGUUUUGGUACUUUUUUAAAUAUUGUAUAAGUAUAUUUAUAUUUCUGUAUAAAUGUGAUAUAUAUAUACAUUUAGUACUAUAACCAUCUCAGUUUUCUUGAUAAAACUUUAUUAAUAAUAUAGUUACCGUUCCCGGCAACACACUUGUGAAGCCUUCUGGCAAUGUAAACGUCCUUGGACGGCGGUAUCACUUAUCAUCAAGAGAGACUCCUGCCAGUUUGCCUCCCAUACAAUACAAUAUAUGAAAGUUCUGCCUCUGAAUUCUGCCUCUAUAUGGAUCCAACACAGAUAAAAGCCACCUCCGGGGAAUACUGAAUGAGAUUUAAAACUCAAAGGUUAAGAAAUUCAAAAGUUUCUACCAAUAAUUCAAUUAACGAAAUAUUUCAAAGAUACAUUUCUCUCUUUCUCUCAUAUUGUCUAAUGAUAUAACUGUCCUGCUUUAAGUCCAUAACAAAAGUUGAAAUUGAUUUAGGGUCUUAUAGUUAUAAUUUAUAUAUGUAAAACAGAUUGAAUCAAUUUGGUCAUUGUAUGUUCGAGCAAUGGCAAUAUGUGGUAUUAUUAAAUGGAUUAUAUAACACUCUAUAUAUCUAUGAAAAAAUCAAUUUUUUGGGGCUUGAUUGUCUAUUGACAAUCUGUGGAGUUUUAUACGAUUUCGCCAAUAGAGUUAUUAAUGAGGUAUAAUUUGUGAGGGAUUUUUUAAAAUUCUUUUGAUUAUUAUAUGCUCUAUUACUAAAGGAUUAGGUUAUAAAUACGACUUGUAUAUUUUUAUUAUUCAAUCAAAAUAAUGUAUGUACAUAUACCGGCAAACUUCUUGAGCAUUAAACAAGGGAGUGGGGGAAAGUUUGCGCAUAGUGCACAGCGCACAGCGCGGGACACAAACGUCAACUGAUUUACCAAUUACGCGAUCGACACGUCGCUCUCCCCCCCCCCCCCCCCAAGUGAUAUCUGAAAAUCGCUUUUGCACAGGCAAGGAGACAUUUGUUCAAGAUGUUUGCCGGUAUCUAUACCGGUAUUUGCACAAAUAUUGUUCAAAGACGAGUGUUUCAAAAGGAAUAAAUUUAUGAAAUUAAAUUGGUUAUGUAAAUCUUAAUUGUAAAAUAUUCCAAUUAUUUUAAUAGUGGUGAGUAAAAUAUUUAUAGUAGUGAUUGUUUUUAAUUGUACCUGUAGGAAGAAAAGGGACAAAUCUUACGACGCAGUUGUGUUUUACAAUAAUUUUAUAGCUAAAUUAAAAUGUUUAGUAAAAUUAAUUUUAGGCUCUUAACUAAACGCAGUUCAGUGUUGCUAUUUUAUUACACUUCGUAAAAGAAUAAAUAGAGCCACUUCCAAAAGUUAUAGACUAACUUGACUAUGGAAAUAGUUUUGUUCUGAAUUUAAAAAAAUAUUUGUUUUUUUAUUAACUGCCAAUUAAUUUAAAUCGUAAAUCGUGAAAAACAAACAAUAUUACUCACGAUAAUGUAUUUAUUAACGUGCCUGAUGUGUGAUAGUUAUAAUUUUUCACUGAUAAAAGCAUAU